GCCCUUGGAUGUGAGCCUUUUUCACGGCACACCGACUAGAGCAGUCUAAACUCUAAACCCGUAAACCCAGAGACAAAUAAAUAUUCCCCAAGCAAAUUGCAAGUGCUCUCUCUCUCCUCAGAACCAGAAAAUAACCCUAGCUCGCUCAAACUAUUCAUCAGCUACUCCUCAAGCGCCCAUUCUCAACCCACUCGCUGCGUGCUUCCGGUCUCUGUCUCCUCAUUUCCUCGCUUCUUCGACUUCUCCUACUCUCGCGCUCAGCACUCAACUUCUCACUCAGGUCCGUCGGAUUCGCUCGCCGUCUUCUCUUUCUCUCUUGCCUGAUUCAUCCCCAAGCUGGCGGCAGUUCUGAUUGUUGUCUUAGGCAGUUGGCUUUUGGCUUGUUUCCCCGUUUGCGUCGGUUUGAUUUCGCGGCUGGCUUCAGCUCAGCAGCUGUGGGAGGAGAGCUUGCGCCAAUUGUCUUAUUAGAUUUCAAUUAGAGCGCGUGAAUCUAGAGUGUGGUGUUGUUAUGAGCUUUGGAACUGUAGGCGGACUUGAUUUACUUCGAAUUGCCUUUGUUGUAGCUGGAUGUUCGUUUGCCCUUUAUGGCUAUCUUUCAGCUACUUUGGUUCACUGGGAAGAAUUGGAAUCAGCACGUUCCGCUUGGGAUUUUGGUGGUUUUAGGUUGGACAAGUGUCCUUGCUGGGGAUGUAUUUAGGGAACCGCUAUUCAGUGUUUUGCCAGUUAAUUGGAAUACAUCAGCAUAUAUACGUGAGCGUAUUGGCAUACCAUGAAUGCAUUAGUUAGUCUUCAUUGCGAUGUGGAGAAGAUAGGGUGAUUCGCCCUAUUUAGGGAUUUAAUAUGCUCUUCUGGGUUACUUUCAUUGUGUUUCUCAAACUUGAAUAGCCCCUUUGCUGAUUUCAAUUUCAUUUCUUCUAGUGCAAUAUGCAAAUAUGAGUUUGAUAAUAAUAAUCCUCAGUGUGCUUUGUUUGUGAUCAUAAUUUGGGUUUGCGUCAAACUAAAUCUUGCUUCCUUAUGUGGGAUCGUAUUUUUCAGAGGAAAACUUAGGGACAUACAAAAUGUCGCGGAAAGGCUUAAUGGAGCAAGACCUGAGUAAACUGGAUGUAACUACGUUACAUCCGCUCUCUCCAGAAGUGAUAUCCCGUCAGGCCACAAUUAACAUAGGCACUAUUGGUCAUGUGGCACAUGGCAAGUCCACUGUCGUGAAAGCAAUCUCUGGUGUCCAGACUGUACGUUUCAAAAAUGAGUUGGAACGUAAUAUUACGAUUAAGCUUGGGUAUGCAAAUGCGAAAAUAUACAAAUGUGAGGAUGACCGAUGCCCUAGGCCUAUGUGCUACAAGGCCUAUGGAAGUGGUAAGGAAGACAAUCCCUCAUGUGAUGUUCCUGGUUUUGAGAGUGCUAGAAUGAAAUUGCUCCGACAUGUCUCCUUUGUAGAUUGUCCGGGUCAUGAUAUUCUCAUGGCAACAAUGCUUAAUGGUGCAGCUAUCAUGGAUGGAGCAUUGCUUCUGAUAGCUGCAAAUGAAAGCUGCCCUCAACCACAAACCUCUGAGCAUCUUGCUGCUGUUGAAAUCAUGCGUCUGAAGCAUAUUAUUAUUCUCCAGAAUAAAGUUGAUCUUGUCCAGGAAAAUGUAGCUAUCAACCAGCAUGAAUCUAUUCAGAAAUUUAUUCAGGGAACUGUUGCAGAGGGCGCUCCAGUUGUGCCAAUCUCAGCUCAGUUGAAGUAUAACAUUGAUGUGGUCUGCGAGUACAUUAUAAAGAAGAUCCCUGUUCCAAAGAGGGACUUCACAUUACCACCCAAUAUGAUCGUUAUCCGAUCCUUUGAUGUCAACAAGCCUGGUUUCGAGGUUGAUGAGAUCAAAGGUGGAGUUGCUGGUGGAAGUAUUCUCACAGGGGUUUUGAAGGUGAACCAAUAUAUUGAGGUCCGUCCGGGAAUCGUGCUUAAGGAUGAGAAUGGCAACAUGAAAUGCACGCCCAUCUAUACUCGGAUAGUCAGUUUGUUCGCCGAGCAGAAUGAAUUACAGUUUGCUGUACCUGGAGGUCUCAUAGGUGUUGGUACAACGAUGGACCCCACUUUGACACGUGCCGACAGGCUUGUAGGACAGGUCCUUGGAGAUAUUGGUUCCCUCCCUGAUGUUUUUGUGGAGCUUGAGGUGAAUUUCUUCCUUCUGAGGAGACUGAUUGGAGUGAGGACUAAGGGAUCAGAGAAGCAAGGAAAGGUAUCCAAGCUGGCGAAGGCCGAGAUUCUUAUGCUGAACAUUGGGUCAAUGUCGACCGGAGCUCGGGUGCUUGCUGUGAAGAACGAUCUUGCGAAGCUGCAGCUGACAUCACCGGUGUGUACCAGCAAGGGAGAGAAGAUAGCCCUGAGUCGAAGAGUGGAGAAGCACUGGCGCUUGAUUGGAUGGGGCAUGAUUCAGGCUGGAGCGACGCUGGAGGUGCCCCCCAGCCCACUUUGAGUGAGUGAGAAGGAAAGAAAGAGUAAGGUAGAGACCGAGGGAGACAGGCAGAGAAAGCGUUUAAGAAACAGAAACCAAGGUUUUUUUUGCAGAAGAUGUGGAGGGGAAGAGAAUUGCUUGGAACAAUUUUCGUUAGGUGGAGGAGAAAACAUGUUGAUUGAUCUUGUUUGGUGUCUCAUUUUUUGCAUAUCACUCACAGAUUUGUGCACAUGCCAAUUCAAGUAUUCAAUUAAUGCUUUACGCCCUGGCCCAGGUAAAGGUUAUGUUCUCGCAUUGCUUCUUUACGGAUAACUGUAGCUUCUGGAAUGUUCUCGUUAUCUAUUUUUAUUUAGAGAUGGUUACAAUUUUGAAAUCACGGUUCGAAGAUGAUAUAUAAAAUAACUGAAUCGCU